AUGGAUGUUCAUCUUUUUUACAUGAUCUUGGCAGUGGUGACACUGACCGGAAGUCAUGGCCAAAGUGACACGUGUAGUGACGUACUUCCGGACUGUCAUGAGUACACAAAAAGUGCCUGUCAAGCCCCUUAUGAAUCCUGGGGAAGGAAAAAUUGUGCACUGUUCUGUGGUUUCUGCACUCCAGCCUGCGCUGACAAACUUCCUGAUUGUAAGGAUUAUAGCCAGUCUUCGUGUGUUGCACCUUAUGAACCAUGGGCAAGAAAGAACUGUGCCAAAACCUGUGGAUAUUGUGGCGUAAACGCUUCUACACCCGCCACAUCCCCAACUACUCCGGCGGUUGCGAAAACAGACUGUUUGUACAGGGGUACAUCUUAUAAACUUGGGGAAGAAUGGAAUGAUGGUUGUCAGUAUCACUGUACCUGUGGAGAAGGGAGGGCAUACCGUUGCAGCACUAUUUGCCCAACAUUUAUAGAUCCACCACGUAACUGCCAUUACCAAGCCAUCGAUGGACAAUGUUGCAGAAAGCUUGUUUGUUCGGACAAUCCGAAUACCCCAGUUAUAGGUGAUACGGGGUGCAUCUACAACAAAAGGAAGUAUGUACAAGGAGAGACGUGGACCGAAGGCUGUUCUAUUAAUUGUACUUGUGUGGAUGGAAGAUCUGGCCAAUAUAAAUGUGAAAGCACCUGCCCGGAAGUCAAACCAGCAGAUGGAUGUGUUGUUGUAAAGAGAAAUGGCAGUUGUUGUCCUGAAUCUGUGUGUAACCUACGCAAGGCUAGUGAAACAAAUGCCCCUGGAUGUCGCUACAAUGGACUCGUAUACGAAGAAGGCGACGAAUGGAAUGAUGGAUGUAGUCUCACAAUAAACUGUAAAGAUGCAGCCGCAGGAUAUUACACAGCCCAGCCAAGAUGUUUGGACUUACUACUUCCAAAAAUCUGUCACCUGGAUCCUGCGCCUGCAGGGAAAUGCUCUACAACGCGCACAUGCUAUAGUAUUUGUGGUGACCUUUUACCUGAUUGUGCUGAAUAUACACAGUCUGCUUGUAAAGCACCCUAUGACUCUUGGGCAAGGAAAAAUUGCGCAAGCUUCUGUGGAUUUUGUACGCCCAGUUGCAGUGAUGCAAUAUCAGAUUGUGCAGAAUAUGGGAAGCAGGCGUGUGUGGCGCCAUAUUUGACAUGGGCCAAAAAUCAUUGUGCAAGCUACUGCGGAUUGUGCAGUGACAACUCAGUUCCAACAAAAAAGCCCAUGACCACUCAAACAGCACUGACAAAGGGAAGCUGUACAUAUAAAGGACAGGUUUAUGCUGUAGGAGAAACCUGGUUGGAUGGAUGUGAUUAUAGAUGUACGUGCACUAAUGAGGGUCUUACACAAUGUGUGCAACCUUGUGCCGUGUAUUCCAAUUUGCCCACCAACUGUAGGCAGGAACCUGUGCCUGGCGAUUGUUGUAAACGAGUUGUCUGUUCCUUCAAUCAAACGGCAAGUCCAACAGAUACUUCUUUGAAUCUAGAUCAAGGGUGUCUGUAUAAAAAUACAAGUUACGCCAAGGGCCAGACAUGGAUGGACGGGUGUGAUUAUAAAUGCACGUGUGAGAGAAACGAUAUUGUCCAGUGUGUGACACCAUGUGUUAUUUACACCAAUCUUCCAUCGUCGUGUCAUUAUGAGACGGUUCCAGGGGACUGCUGCAAGAAAGUUGUCUGUGCAUUAAGUGGCAGUGGUAGUGGGGUUAUACAAGGCAAUGACAAAUGUGUAUACAAGGACAAAUCGUAUGCCGUCGGGGAGGUGUGGCAAGACGGGUGCGACUACAACUGCACGUGUUUGACUGGACUUACUACUCAUUGUUCAACUCUAUGCAAUCUAUUUAGCCACCUUCCACCAAGUUGCCACUACGAGGUAGUCCCCGGCCAAUGUUGUAAGAAGUUAGUCUGCCUAAACACAACUGGUUCCUCAUUUAUUGACCGCGGAGGUUGUACGUACAAAAACCAGACUUACAAUACAGGACAAACUUGGCAAGAUGGCUGUUCCAUCAACUGUACAUGUGUCAACGGUAGAACUGGACAAUACAAAUGCAUCAGCACGUGUCCUGAAAUUCAACCAGCUGCCGGAUGUUCUUUGGUGAAGAGGGACGGAAAAUGCUGUCCUGAAUCAGUCUGUAACUUACCAAAUAUAAAUACAACAUCAGCCUUACCAAGUGACUUUCAUGGCUGUGUUUACAAGGAUGGAUCGGUAUAUCAGUCUGGUGACAUGUGGUAUGAUGGUUGUAAGUGGAAAUGUUAUUGUCAAAGAGCAAAUUUUUACAACUGUGAAAGUAGAUGUGUUGAAUUUCAUCUACCGACUGCAUGUACACUUGAGCCUCCUCCUACUGGAAAAUGCUGCAAAGUACCCAAAUGUCCUGCUAACUACUUUAUUAAUUAUCCACCUGGAUAUGUUCAGGAGUAGGAUCAGAUGCCAUGAACAAAAAAUAAAUAGAUAUGUUUAGU